AUGUGCUUUGCGUGUCUCCCUCAAGUGCACUCUUCGACCUCCAUGGCAACUGUCAUGAAGAACCGCCGGCUGUUAGAGGACAAGCUGUUUGCUGUGAUGAACUCUCACGAGAUCAGCUUGAACUAUGCCCCACCAGAGCAUGGUGGAGAUCGACGGAGAACAUCGCAACAAUGUCCUUCGUUUGCGUUGAGCCAUGACAUGAAAGGAAUGUAUUUUCAUGAUAAUGGACACCUUCUGCUCAACAUUUUCUUGAAACAUCUUUGA